AUGCCUCCCUCAACGUCUCUUUCAGACACCAAUGCAGCUCCUACUCCAGGCUCUAAGAGGCCUACCGCGUCCCUCCUACCCGCGUUUGAGCCUCUGUCAUCCUCGCCGUCUUUACCGAGGCCUUUGAAGCGGAAUCGAGAUGCCUUGGACGAACGCCCAACAUAUCCUACGCCAGUGCCCACUUCAUCUACUGCGAUACUGUCCUCUUCGCCGUCACGCGUUCCACUGGCCAAGUCCAUCCUCCAGAAGACCUCGUCCACCCUUUCAGAACGUACUCCUCUCGGAGCCGUGCCGUCCAUUCGACUCAAUGGUGACGGCAAGAUAGCGCGUAUGGGACGGUCCAGUGCUUCUUGUGACUACCAAUUGUCGGCCAAUCGUCUAAUAUCCAGGGUUCACGUCGAAGCAUGCUACAAACCUGCAAGUUCAAGUCUAGAACGCGAUCGGGUGGAGAUUACUUGUACCGGGUGGAAUGGCAUCAAGAUACAUUGCAAGGGCCAGGUGUACGAGGUCAAGAAAGGGGAAACGUUCUCUUCAGAUGUUCGAGAUGCUGAGAUUAUGCUUGAUGUGCAUGACAGUCGCGUGGUAAUCAUGUGGCCUCCGAAGCCCCGUCUGGGUGCCAUCUCAUCGGAUGACGAGGAAGAGGAGGAUUCACCCUCAAAACGGCCGCGUGUCAUGCUACGACAUUCCACACCACCGAGCCCAAGUCCCUUGCAAAGCCGACGACGACCUGUCUCUCCAAUAUCCCCUUCGCCGGCUGUUCAAGCCUUGAUGCCAUCCUCGCCGCCUGUUCCUCCAAGUCGAGCGGCGGUCGAAGCUGUCGAGAUAUACGAAGACCCCGAACCACUACAGAGAGUGAACGGUACCACUAACGUUGCAGAAGUGUCGCAGAAUACGGUGGCUCUGUCAGAAAGCAUCCAAAGAUCUACCGUCUCGCAGAACAACAUCUCCACCAUGACGGAGGACUUUUCCGACAAUGACGAGGAAAACGAUCCGAUUGUUCACUCUUUUGGACCAUUUGGAGCCAAUCUGCUGCCACGCAUGGCUGCCUUCACUACUGGAGACUCUCCUAACCCCAGUACUUCUGUCAAGACUUCACGAUCAUCACAUACUGAACCGCUUCAACCUAACCAGACUUCCACGCAGCCCCAGAAACAAACCCCAGAAAUUGACGUGCAAAGCCACAUUAUUAACCAACUUGCGUUUUCAAGAUUGUCAUCUACUCCGCUGUCAACCAUUUUGAGUCACCUCCCUCACGAGGCUGGCGUUCUGUCCAUCAAUGAUAUCAAGAGAAUCAUCAAGGAGACACCAUGCAUCGGUGAAGUGGCCAGAGAAGGAAAGGACGCGGCGGGGAAACCUCUGGAAAGCGAGUAUUAUUACAUCCCAGACGAGGAUAAGGAUGAAAAGAGGAAGGAAGCUGUGGUGCAUGAUCUCCGCAAACCCGGACUACGAGCAUGCCGCAAGCAGCACAAGCAAUAUUUCUGGCGAAAACCGAAAUAG